AUGUAUGACAUGGAGACCAUAGGAGUUCAAGCAUCACAUUGCACCUGUCCCAGAGAUAUCCUAUCAGAAGAUGACAGAAAUGCACUGGCGCUAAUGGAAUCUACAUGUCAGAAACAAGGGGAUAGAUAUGUCAUAGGAUUACCCUGGAAGAGAGACAAAUCAGAAUUACCAAACAACUAUGCCUUGGCUCCAAAACGACUGAUGUCACUGGAGAGGGGAUUGAAAUCUAAACCCCAAAAAACAGAACUAUACAAGAAAGCGAUGAAGGAAUUCAUAGACAAGGGAUGGGCUGAAAAAGCACAGACUGCAGAGAAGGGAACUGUAAUCCAUUACCUACCACAUCAUGGGGUCUACAGGGAAGAUAAAGAAAGUACACCCUUGAGAAUAGUCUUUGAUCCAGCAAGCACGUUCCAGGGAGUCUCCUUAAAUUCUUUCCUGUACAAAGGUCCAUCACUGCUGGGUAAUCUGCUCGGUAUCCUCAUACGCUUCAGAGAAAGAGCUGUAGCAUUUCAGGGUGAUAUAUCAAAGAUGUUCUUACAGAUACGCCUACCAGAAGCUGAUACACAAGUACACCGAUUCCUGUGGAGAGAUCUAGAUACAACAAGAGAGCCUACAGUAUAUCGUCUGAUGAGAGUGACAUUCAGCGAUAAACCAUCUCCUGAUAUGGCCAACUUCGUCAUGUUAAAGAUAGCAAGAGAAAAUGAAGAAGAGUAUCCAGAGGCUACAGAAAUAUUGACAAAUGACAGAUACAUGGAUGACAUAAUUCAUUCCUGCAACGUACCAGAAGAGGCAGCUAAACUGAUGGGAGAACUUGACCACAUACUUGCAUCAGGUUCUUUCAAGAUAAAGAAAUAG